ACUUCCUCCGGUCAGAGGACACCAACAUGGCCGCCGCCUUCCGUCGAUAACAUUUCUGUCUCAAUGUUAACUCUCACGUACUUUCCACUAACCGCCGUUACGCGUUGAGCCGCACAGCGCUGCCCCCCCCCCACCUGCAGCCACGUUUUGACGCCGUCAUGUUCCAGGUAAUCGGCGGGAGGGGCGUCCAGGUGACCCGGCUCCUGGCCCCCGGGAGGGCCGUGCUCGUCGAGGCGGUGCGGGGGAGAAAGUCCCGCACCGACACGGUGGCCAAGUCCAAACAGGGGCGCAUCAAAGUGCCCCCCCCGGUCGACCCGACGGAGAUGGUGGUCCUGAAGGAGAGGUACGCGGAGUACGAGAUGAUCACCAGGGCGCUGCGUCUGGAGUUUAAGGAAGAAGUGCUUCGGAAGAAGUACGAGGAGGAGACGGGCUCCAUGGCGGAGGAGAGGUCGAGGCAGGAGGCGGAGGAGCAUCGCGCCCUCAUGGUCUUCAACGACCAGGAGAACCUCCGCAUGCUCCAACAACGGGUGGUGAGGAUCCAGAUGGAAAAGGAGGAGGCUGAGAACAAGCAAGUGGAAGCUGCCAUUGAGCGAGAACUGCAGCAGCAAGAAUUCAUCAAAGAGAAGGAGAGGGAAAUCCUCAAGUUACAGGAGGAUGCAAAGAACUUCAUCACUUUGGAGAACUUGGAUCAGCGUAUAGAGGAAGCGCUCGACAGUCCAAAGAAUUACAACUUUGCCGUCGACAAAGAGGGGCGGGUUGUCAAACAGACGAUGCUGCAGUGAAGCGGCAGAGCGACCUCUGACCUUUGUGUCCGAUGGACAUGAUCCAGGACUGUGAGCCCAGUUCAGUGUUCAUCCACCCGGUUUGCCUCAACUAAACGCAGACAAACCUUCAGCGUGAGAUGACCAGUGUACCGGUAAAAAGAAAGAGACAUGCGAGAUCAUUUGUAGUUUUGUUGAUGAAAAAACUUCUUUUCACGCCUUUGUCUGUUAUAUUGUUUUACUUUAGUGCUUUAUUGUCAAAGUAAAAACAUGUUCUUUUGAUCAUU